UGAGGCAUUGCCCAAGAUUCCCUGGAGUGGCUGGAGCUGCUUCUGUGGAGGAGACGUUCUGCAGCUGGGUUUUCCGAGACUGAGGUGGCUGUCGGCUGCACCUGAAGAGGAAGGAUGGCCAUGAACAAGGGCCCAACCCUGGUGGACGGAGACCUCCCUGAGCAGGAGAAUGUGCUGCACAGAGUCCUGCAACUGCCUGUGGUGAGCGGCACUUGUGAGUGCUUCCAGAAGACCUACAACAGCACCAAAGAGGCCCACCCCCUGGUGGCCUCUGUGUGCAAUGCCUACGAGAAGGGUGUACAGGGUGCCAGCAAUCUGGCUGCCUGGAGCAUGGAGCCGGUGGUCCGCCGGCUGUCCACCCAGUUCACAGCUGCCAAUGAGUUGGCCUGCAGAGGCCUGGACCACCUGGAGGAAAAGAUUCCGGCCCUUCAAUACCCUCCAGAAAAGAUUGCCUCUGAACUGAAAGGCACCAUCUCUACCCGCCUUCGAAGCGCCAGGAACAGCAUCAGUGUGCCCAUCGCAAGCACUUCUGACAAGGUCCUGGCCAGCUGCGAGCUUGCCUUGGGGAUGGCGAAAGAGACAGCGGAAUAUGCUGCCAACACCCGAGUUGGCCGACUGGCCUCUGGAGGGGCUGAUCUGGCUCUGGGCAGCAUUGAGAAGGUGGUAGAGUUCCUCCUGCCACCUUCCAAGGAGGAAUCAGCCCCGGGUUCUGGACGGCAGCGGGCCCAGAAGGCUCCCAAGGUCAAACCGAGCCUCGCGAGGAGGGUCAGCAACCUGGCCAACACUCUCUCUCGACACACCAUGCAGACCACUGCUUGGGCCCUGAAGCAGGGCCACUCUCUGGCCAUGUGGAUCCCGGGGGUGGCACCCUUGAGCAGCCUGGCCCAGUGGGGUGCAUCGGCGGCCAUGCAGGUGGUGUCCCGACGGCAGAGUGAGGUACGCGUGCCCUGGCUGCACAACUUAGCCGCCUCCCAGGAUGAAAGCCAUGAGGACCAGACCGACACGGAGGGGGAGGAGACGGACGAUGAGGAGGAAGAGGAGGGAUCAGAGGCUGAAGAGAGCAUGCUCAGAGAGGUGACAGCCCUGCCCACCCCGAGAGGCCUGCUGGGUGGCGUGGUACACACCAUGCAGAAGACUCUCCGGAGCACCAUCUCAGCAGUGACGUGGGCACCUGCGGCCGUGCUGGGCACCGUGGGAAGGAUCCUGCACCUCACCCCAGCCCAGGCUGCCUCCUCCACCAAAGGGAGGGCCAUGUCCCUCUCCGACGCCCUGAAGGGUGUCACUGAUAACGUGGUAGACACCGUGGUACACUAUGUGCCGCUUCCCAGGCUGUCCCUGAUGGAGCCGGAGAGCGAAUUCAGAGACAUCGAUAACCUGCCUGCAGAGGCCGAGCGCAAGGGGUCCGGAGCGCGGCCCGCCAGUCCCGAGUCCGCGCAGCGUCCCGGCCAGCCCCGCGGCUUGCGCAGCGCGCGGGGGCUCAGCAUGCCCUCCUGUCCCGGUCUGGAAGACAAGGCGGAGACUUCGGGCCGUCCCGGAUUCCUGGCCAUGCCCCGGGAGAAGCCUGCACGCCGAGUCAGCGACAGCUUCUUCCGGCCCAGCGUCAUGGAGCCCAUCCUGGGUCGCGCACAGUACAACCAGCUGCGCAAAAAGAGCUGAGCGGUCUGUGCCCCUGCUCGCCCCAGAGCCGCCCCGUAGGAGGGUCGCUUCUCCCCAAGGAAACAGAAAUCAUACUUCUAAGUGGGUCUCUCCUUCAGGGUGGCCCCUUGGGAACCUGAGCCACAUCCCCACGAUGCUGUUGAGGCACCCAUCACUUCUGAAGCAUCCUUUGGGGGCUUGCCCAUCACAGGCAGUUUUUAAGGGGCACCAGAGCAGUGGUCGAUUCUCAUUUCAUGGCUUUCUUUUCUUUCUUUUUUUUAACUAAAAAAGCAAUUGCUUGAUUUGAUUUCUCACUUUAGAAAAACUUGUGGCCAAAUGACACCUGACCCGUUCUAAAAUUCAUAUCCCUUCUCUGUGAACAUGUAUUUAUUGCCAAAAAGUAGUUGAUCAGUUUCUUUUCUUCUUUUCGUUUUCUCUCCUCCUUCCCUUUCCCUACCUCCCCCCUUCUCCCCCUUUCCUCUCCCCCUCCUCCCCCUUUCUCCUCCUUCUUCUUACUUCUUCCUUCUCCCAAGCAGCCCAGGCUGGUUUCAUCUCCAGUGCCAGGAGAUGCACACUCCGGCCAGCUCCCUCUGAAUGUCAGGAAUUCUCAGUGCAUUUUUAGCGCUGAGCUCUGAGACCCUCUGAUUACCUGGCUCUCCGCAUACUGCUUUAAAAAGAACAAGGAGGUGCCAAAGCCUUUGUGUGUUUAUUUAGAAAACAGUUCCCGUUUUUGAGUCUCUCUCCCCCGCACAGGCGGAGCCUCAGGUCUGCCCUCUACAGCACCAACUUUUCCUCACAGCCACACUUCCCUGCCAUCAUUCUUGCCUUCUGCCUAUAUGGUCACUCUCGAAUGUUGAUACCCCAGAUGCUGGGAGCCAACAACGGUCACCUGAAGCCUGAUAGUGUGUAUUAUAUAGAGCACAUAUUCAUAGCCACUGUUCAUUCCAAAUCCCAUUUUUGGAAAUGUCAAUAUUUGGUCAAUCUAGAACAUUCAUAAAUACACUUGUAACAUUCAGA